CAGACCAGUUGGAUCAGCUGGCUGAGCUGUCCUGUGUGUUGAUUUCUAAGAAGUUUGUUCUUGUCUCCAAGUCGAGACGCUUCACUUCUAGUAGGUGUUUGGAUAGACUUCGGGUCACCUGGGACGCAUAAAAGGUCAUCUUCAACGAGGAAUACUACCAGAAAGCCAACACUACAAUCACUACAGAAGUGUUCACCGGCUACAAAUGUACAGGCAAACGUACCCUGACGCCCCCGGCAUGCACACCAGCGGCCCAGACAGCCACACCAGGGUCACCUACCGGGAACAGCCUGGCUUCCUCAGCAGACUCAAGAACUCUUUCUUCGGAGCUUUCUUUGGCUUCCUGCUCUUCUGUGGGUCCUUCCCUGUACUCUUCUGGAAUGAGGGUCGUGCAGUUCAGACUGCACAGUCAUUGGACGAGGGUCUGCGCUCGGUGAUCCACCUCUCCACCGUGGACGUCGCCUUUGAGCACAACAACCACAAACUGGUGUACUUCACUGGUCCGCUCAGCACAAACAAGCCCCUGACAGAUACAGACUAUGCCGUCACCGUACCUGCUGUCAAACUGAAGAAACAUGUGGAGAUGUACCAAUGGGUGGAGCAUGAACACACCAAGGAGUACAAGGAAGGGAACCAGGUUCGCAGGGAGACAACCUAUACAUACAACGAGGAGUGGAGGUCUGACCUGGUGAACAGUCGGAACUUUGAUCGAGAGAUGGGACACAAGAACCCAGGGUCCAUGCCAGUCCGCAGUGAAACUAUCACAGCAGAUGAUGUCACCAUUGGGAACUUCCACCUUUCCAAAGGUCUGAUUGGGAAGAUCUCCCACUUUGUGAAGUACCCUUUGGCCAAGAGUCACCUGGUGCCCUCUGACCCCCAGGUCAAAGUGUUCCAGGGAGCCUUCUACCACUCAGCUGACCCCAUCAGGCCAAAGGUGGGGGAUGUACGUGUGGAGUUCAGCUAUGCAGGACUGUCCGGGAACUCAGAGCUGGGACCAGCAGACCAUGUCAGUAUAGUAGCGCGUCAGGCUGGGAACAGACUGCAGCCAUACCAGACUGAGGCUGGGGAUGCGCUGGAGCUGCUGUAUUAUGGAGUCCUGUCUCCUGAGAAAAUCUUUGAAGCAGAGCAUGCUGCUAACAGCAUGCUGACCUGGGCUGUGAGGGCAGCAGGCUGGUUCAUGAUGUUCAUCGCCCUCUUUCUGAUGACAAACAUACUGCAGACACUUGGUAAGUACCGGACCAUCAUACUACACGUGUAUAAUGGUAGUUCCAUAGCCUCUUUCAUGCCAUGAAUUGUUAAACCACUGUGUCAAGGGCAUGGUACUAGUAUUGGAAGGUGGAGCCCAUCCCUCUCCUUCACCACUGUUUUACCUUGAGUCCCCAAUUGAAGUCAGGUACCCAUUCUACUAUUGAGGAAAG